AUGGAGCAGAUGGACUGCAAACCCUACCAGCCACUGUCAAAAGUUAAGCAUGAAAUGGAUCUAGCUUAUACAAGUUCUUCAGAUGAAAGUGAAGAUGGGAGAAAACCAAGACAAUCCUAUGACUCCAGAGAAACUCUAAAUGAAUAUAGCCAAGAACUAAGACUGAACUAUAACAGCCAUAGCAGAAAAAGAAAAGCCGAUGACAAAUCCACUCAAGAGAUGGAAUUCUGUGAACAUCCACACAUCGUGUGCUCUGGCUACCAGCCAGACUUGCAUGGUGUAUCUCAGCAUGGUUACCCAUUGGAGAUGGGUUCAGAUGUGGAUACUGAGACUGAAGGUGGUGCUUCACCACCAGAUCAUGCUCUGAGGAUGUGGAUGACGGGGAUGAAAUCAGAACACAGUUCCUGUUUGUCAAGCCGGGCAAAUUCAGCUUUGUCCCUCACUGACACUGACCAUGAAAGGAAGUCUGAUGGAGAGAAUGGUAAUAAAUUUAGUCCUAUUCGGUGUCUGCUCGCAGUGCAGGCUGGUGGAAGCCAGGAUAUACCGGGCAGCCCACGUAACCAGUUCACAUUCAGACCACUCCCACCCCCUCCACCACCACCACAUGCAUGCACCUGCAGCAGAAAACCACCUCCAACAGCAGAUUCUCUCCAGAAAAGAUCAAUGACCACCCGCAGUCAGCCCAGUCCAGCUGCUCAAACCCCUCCAACCAGUACGCAAGAUUCCGUACAUCUGCAUAACAGCUGGGUCUUGAAUAGUAAUAUACCACUGGAGACAAGGCAUUUCCUAUUUAAACAUGGAUCUGGUUCUUCAGCUAUCUUCAGUGCAGCCAGUCAGAACUAUCCUUUAACAUCCAAUACGGUUUACUCUCCACCUCCUAGGCCACUUCCUAGAAGUACAUUUUCUAGACCUGCCUUCACUUUUAACAAACCUUACAGGUGCUGCAACUGGAAGUGCACUGCUUUGAGUGCUACAGCUAUUACAGUUACUCUGGCACUGUUGUUAGCCUAUGUUAUUGCAGUACAUUUAUUUGGCUUAACAUGGCAACUGCAGCCUGUAGAAGGACAGCUCUAUGAAAACGGAGUCAGCAAAGGAAACAGGGCUACAGAGUCCAUGGAUACCACUUACUCGCCAAUUGGAGGGAAAGUGUCUGAUAAAUCAGAGAAGAAAGUGUUUCAGAAAGGACGGGCCAUAGACACAGGAGAAGUUGACAUUGGAGCACAAGUUAUGCAGACCAUCCCACCAGGUUUAUUCUGGCGUUUUCAGAUUACUAUCCAUCACCCGAUGUACCUGAAGUUUAACAUUUCACUUGCAAAGGACUCUCUGCUGGGAAUAUAUGGUAGAAGAAACAUUCCUCCCACUCAUACUCAGUUUGAUUUUGUAAAACUGAUGGAUGGAAAACAGUUAAUUAAACAGGAACCAAGGAACUCAGAGGAGUCUCAGCAUGCUCCUAGGAAUUUGAUCUUAACAUCCCUGCAAGAGACAGGUUUCAUUGAAUAUAUGGAUCAAGGAGCUUGGCACAUGGCAUUUUACAAUGACGGAAAGAAAAUGGAGCAAGUAUUUUUAUUAACAACAGCAAUUGAAAUCAUGGAUGACUGUUCCACUAAUUGCAAUGGGAAUGGAGAGUGUAUCUCAGGGCACUGCCACUGUUUCCCAGGAUUCCUCGGGCCUGACUGUGCAAGAGACUCAUGCCCAAUACUGUGCAAUGGAAAUGGAGAAUAUGAGAAAGGUCACUGUGUAUGUCGCAAUGGAUGGAAAGGCCCAGAGUGUGAUGUUCCGGAAGAACAAUGUAUUGAUCCAACCUGCUUUGGCCAUGGUACUUGCAUCAUGGGAGUAUGUAUUUGUGUCCCAGGAUACAAAGGAGAAAUUUGUGAGGAAGAGGAUUGUUUAGAUCCUAUGUGCUCUGGCCAUGGUGUCUGUGUUCAAGGGGAAUGUCACUGCUCUGCAGGCUGGGGAGGAGUAAACUGUGAGACAUCUCUUCCUGUAUGUCAAGAGCAAUGCUCAGGCCAUGGGACUUUCCUUGUGGAUACUGGUGUCUGUAGCUGUGAGCCUAAGUGGACAGGUUCAGACUGCUCAACAGAAUUAUGCACUAUGGACUGUGGUAGCCAUGGUGUUUGUUCAAGAGGAAUAUGCCAAUGUGAAGAAGGCUGGGUAGGACCAAGCUGUGAGGAACGUACAUGCCACGCUCACUGUGCUGAACAUGGCCAGUGCAAAGAUGGGAAGUGUGAGUGCAGCCCUGGAUGGGAAGGGGAUCAUUGCACCAUUGCUCACUACUUAGAUGCUGUGCGAGAUGGCUGCCCGGGUCUGUGUUAUGGAAAUGGGAGAUGCACUCUUGAUCAGAACGGAUGGCACUGCGUGUGUCAGGUGGGAUGGAGUGGCACAGGAUGUAACGUUGUCAUGGAAAUGGUGUGUGGGGAUAAUAUGGAUAACGAUGGAGAUGGUUUGACAGACUGUGUAGACCCUGAUUGUUGUCAGCAAAGCAAUUGCUACGCAAGCCCUCUCUGCCAAGGGUCACCUGAUCCCCUUGACCUCAUUCAGCACAGCCAGCCUCCUUUCUCUCAGCAUCCUCCAAGGCUCUUUUAUGAUAGAAUCAAGUUCCUUAUUGGCAAGGAGAGCACUCAUGUAAUCCCUGGAGAUGUCUUAUUUGACAGCAGACGUGCCUGUGUAAUUCGAGGCCAGGUGGUAGCAUUCGAUGGAACAGCUUUGGUAGGAGUGAAUGUCAGUUUCCUACACCGCAGUGAUUAUGGAUACACCAUCAGCCGACAGGAUGGAAGUUUUGACCUUGUGGCUAUUGGAGGUAUCUCUGUCACCCUGGUCUUUGACAGAUCUCCUUUCAUUUCUGAGAAAAGGACACUUUGGUUGCCUUGGAAUAGGUUUAUUGUAGUAGAAAAAGUUGUCAUGCAAAGAACAGAGUUGGACCCACCAUCUUGUGACAUCACUAGCUUUAUCAGCCCAAAUCCAAUUGUACUCCCUUCACCUCUGACAACAUUUGGAGGAUCCUGUCCAGAGAGGGGAACGGUCAUUCCAGAGCUCCAGGUGGUCCAGGAGGAAAUCCCAAUUCCUUCUAGCUUUGUGAAGCUCAGUUACCUCAGCAGUCGAACCCCUGGAUAUAAAACCUUGCUCCGCAUUAUUUUGACACAUGCAGCCAUCCCUCCCGGAAUGACAAAAGUACAUCUUACAGUUGCUGUUGAAGGGCGACUAGUUCAGAAGUGGUUUCCUGCUGCUACAAACCUGGUCUACGCUUUUGCCUGGAACAAGACAGACAUUUAUGGACAGAAGGUGUCUGGUCUGGCAGAGGCAACAGUGUCAGUAGGAUACGAAUAUGAAACAUGCCAUGAUUUUAUUCUGUGGGAGAAAAGGACAGCUAUCCUGCAGGGUUUUGAGAUGGAUGCUUUGAAUCUGGGGGGUUGGUCCAUAAACAAACACCACGUAUUGAAUCCACAGAGUGGGAUCGUACACAAAGGAAAUGGAGAAAACAUGUUCAUUUCCCAGCAGCCACCAGUCAUCUCAACCGUCAUGGGUAACGGACACCAGAGAAGUGUCUCCUGCUCCAACUGCCAUGGUCUUGCUCUCAGCAGCAAACUCUUUGCCCCGGUUGCCUUGGCUUCUGGUCCGGAUGGCAGUGUGUAUAUUGGAGACUUCAAUUUUGUCAGACGCAUCUUUCCCUCGGGAAAUUCCAUUAGCAUUUUAGAAUUAAGGAACAGAGAUACAAGACAUAGCACAAGUCCAGCUCACAAGUACUACCUGGCUGUGGACCCAGUGUCAGAAUCCCUUUACUUGUCAGAUACCAACACCAGGAGAGUCUACAAAGUGAAAUCUCUCAGUGAAACAAAGGAUUUGGCAAAGAACUAUGAUGUGCUGGCAGGGACAGGUGAACAGUGCCUUCCAUUUGAUCAGAGUCACUGUGGAGAUGGUGGGAGGGCAUCAGAAGCUUCCCUCAACAGUCCUAGAGGUAUCACUGUGGAUAAGUAUGGAUUCAUUUACUUUGUUGAUGGUACCAUGAUUCGGAAGAUUGAUGAAAGUGGUGUGAUCACAACAGUAAUAGGUUCAAAUGGUCUUACAUCAACGCAGCCACUGAGCUGUGACUCCGGAAUGGACAUCACUCAGGUGCGGUUAGAGUGGCCAACAGACCUCGCCGUCAACCCUAUAGACAACUCAUUGUAUGUACUGGACAAUAACAUUGUGCUGCAGAUUUCUGAAACUAAGCGUGUGCGAAUUAUUGCGGGUCGCCCUAUUCACUGCCAGGUACCAGGCAUGGAUCAUUUCUUGGUCAGCAAGGUUGCAAUCCAUUCAACCCUGGAAUCAGCUAGAGCAAUCAGUGUAUCUCACAGCGGGACACUGUACAUUGCUGAGACAGAUGAAAGAAAGAUAAACCGCAUACAGCAAGUUACAACCAAUGGUGAGAUCUCCAUAAUUGCUGGAGCCCCAACAGAUUGUGACUGCAAGAUUGACCCAAAUUGUGACUGUUUCUCAGGUGAUGGUGGAUAUGCCAAAGAUGCAAAGCUGAAAGCACCUUCUUCUCUAGCAGUCUCUCCUGAUGACACACUGUACAUAGCAGAUCUUGGCAAUAUUCGCAUCCGUGCAGUCAGUCGAAACAAGGCUCAUCUCAGUGACAUGAAUAUUUAUGAGAUUGCAUCCCCAGCAGACCAGGAACUGUAUCAGUUUACCACCAAUGGGACCCAUCUUCACACACUUAAUCUGAUAACGAGGGACUAUAUUUAUAAUUUCACAUACAAUGGAGAAGGAGACAUUGCCACAAUCACUAACAGCAAUGGGAAUUCAGUUCAUAUUCGCAGAGAUGCUAGUGGGUUGCCUCUGUGGCUAGUGGUGCCUGGAGGCCAGGUGUAUUGGCUAACAAUAAGCAGCAAUGGUGUUCUGAAAAAAGUAUAUGCUCAAAGCUACAGCUUAGCCCUGAUGACGUAUCCUGGCAACACAGGUCUUCUAGCAACCAAAAGUAAUGAGAAUGGAUGGACAACAGUUUAUGAGUAUGACCUUGAAGGCCACCUGACUAAUGCAACGUUUCCAACUGGUGACGUCAGCAGUUUCCACAGUGAUGUUGAAAAACUAACAAGAGUAGAACUUGAAUCUUCAAACAGAGAAAAUGUGAUCACAGCUACAAACUUCUCAGCUACCUCUACUAUAUACACUUUAAAACAAGACAACACGCAGAAUAUCUAUCGGGUCAGCCCGGAUGGUUCGCUGAGGGUCACAUUUGCCAGCGGAAUGGAGAUCACUCUAAACACAGAGCCCCACAUUCUAGCAGGCGUUGUUAACCCCACUUUGGGAAAGUGCAAUAUCUCAUUACCUGGAGAGCAUAAUUCAAACCUCAUAGAAUGGAGGCAAAGGAAGGAGCAGACCAAAGGCAAUAUCUCAGCAUUUGAGAGAAGGUUACGGGCCCACAACAGAAACCUAUUAUCCAUUGAUUUUGACCACAUAACCAGAACAGGAAAGAUCUACGAUGACCAUCGAAAAUUCACUCUUCGGAUUCUGUAUGACCAGACGGGACGUCCAAUUCUGUGGUCACCCAUCAGCAAAUAUAAUGAAGUCAACAUCACUUACUCACAUUCAGGAUUAGUGACCUACAUUCAGAGAGGAACAUGGACUGAGAAAAUGGAGUAUGACCCAAGUGGGAAGAUAAUUUCCAGAACAUGGGCAGAUGGUAAAAUAUGGAGCUACACAUACUUAGAAAAGUCUGUGAUGCUCCUCUUGCACAGCCAACGCCGCUACAUUUUUGAAUAUGACCAAUCAGAUUAUCUGCUCUCAGUCACCAUGCCAAGUAUGGUGCGCCAUGGUUUGCAAACCAUGCUUUCAGUUGGGUACUAUCGCAAUAUCUACACCCCACCAGACAGCACUGCUUCUUUCAUACAAGAUUUCACCAGAGAUGGACGACUUUUGCAAAUACUAUAUCCUGGAACAGGUCGCAGGGUCCUUUAUAAAUAUACCAGACAGUCCCGACUAUCAGAGAUUCUUUAUGAUACUACUCAAGUCACAUUUACAUAUGAAGAAUCUUCCGGGGUUAUUAAAACAAUACACUUAAUGCAUGAUGGGUUCAUCUGCACCAUCAGAUACAGACAAACAGGCCCUCUUAUUGGUCGUCAGAUCUUCAGAUUUAGUGAAGAAGGCCUCGUAAAUGCCAGAUUUGACUACAGUUACAACAAUUUCCGGGUCACAAGCAUGCAGGCCAUGAUAAAUGAGACUCCUCUUCCUAUUGAUCUGUACCGAUAUGUUGAUGUAUCUGGAAGGACUGAACAAUUUGGAAAAUUCAGUGUAAUCAAUUAUGACUUAAACCAAGUUAUAACUACCACAGUGAUGAAACACACCAAGAUUUUUAGUGCCAAUGGUCAGGUGAUUGAAGUGCAAUAUGAAAUUCUUAAGUCCAUAGCCUAUUGGAUGACCAUUCAAUAUGAUAAUAUGGGUCGUAUGGUGAUAUGUGAUAUACGAGUAGGAGUAGAUGCCAACAUAACAAGGUAUUUUUAUGAGUAUGAUGCUGAUGGUCAACUUCAAACUGUCUCUGUGAAUGACAAAACCCAGUGGCGUUAUAGUUAUGACCUGAAUGGAAACAUCAACUUGCUUAGUCAUGGAAACAGUGCCCGUCUCACUCCUCUGAGAUAUGAUCUUAGAGAUCGCAUCACUAGACUAGGAGAAAUUCAGUACAAAAUGGAUGAAGAUGGUUUUCUUAGACAAAGAGGCAAUGAAAUAUUUGAGUAUAACUCGAAUGGUCUCCUGAACAAAGCCUACAACAAAGUGUCUGGUUGGACUGUGCAAUACUGUUAUGAUGGGCUUGGACGACGAGUUGCAAGUAAAUCGAGUCUAGGACAACACCUACAGUUCUUUUAUGCUGAUCUCUCCAAUCCAAUCAGAGUUACUCAUUUAUACAAUCAUACUAGCUCAGAAAUAACUUCCCUGUAUUAUGAUCUUCAAGGCCAUCUCAUUGCUAUGGAGUUAAGCAGUGGAGAAGAAUAUUAUGUUGCUUGUGACAACACCGGCACACCCCUAGCUAUCUUUAGCAGUCGGGGCCAAGUAAUAAAAGAAAUUCUGUACACACCUUAUGGAGAUAUCUACCAGGACACUUAUCCAGAUUUUCAGGUUAUCAUUGGUUUUCAUGGAGGGCUCUAUGAUUCUCUUACUAAAUUAGUGCACUUGGGUCAAAGGGAUUAUGACGUCAUUGCUGGACGAUGGACAACGCCAAAUCAUCAUGUGUGGAAACAUCUAAACACCAUUCCCAAACCAUUUAAUCUUUACUCAUUUGAAAAUAACUAUCCAGUUGGCAGAAUCCAAGAUGUUGCUAAGUAUACGACAGACAUUGGAAGUUGGCUAGAGCUGUUCGGUUUCCAGCUACACAAUGUGCUUCCUGGAUUUCCAAAACCAGAGAUAGAAACUGUGGAGACAACAUAUGAACUUCUACAGCUUCAAACAAAAACCCAAGAGUGGGAUCCUGGAAAGACUAUCCUUGGCAUUCAGUGUGAGCUGCAAAAACAACUUAGGAACUUUAUAUCCUUGGACCAACUUCCUAUGACCCCCAGAUACAGCGACGGGAGGUGUCUUGAAGGAGGAAAACAACCCAGGUUUGCAGCCAUUCCUUCUGUUUUUGGAAAAGGUAUCAAAUUUGCCAUUAAGGAUGGGAUAGUGACUGCUGAUAUUAUAGGAGUAGCAAAUGAGGAUAGCCGGCGCAUUGCCACCAUCCUCAACAAUGCUCACUAUCUUGAGAACCUGCAUUUUACCAUAGAAGGGCGAGAUACACACUACUUCAUCAAGCUGGGGUCUUUGGAAGAAGACUUGGCUCUAAUAGGCAACACAGGAGGCCGGCGCAUUUUGGAGAAUGGUGUCAAUGUCACUGUGUCUCAGAUGACUUCUGUGAUAAAUGGGAGGACUAGACGGUUUGCUGAUAUACAGCUCCAACAUGGUGCUUUGUGCUUUAAUGUUCGAUAUGGGACAACCAUUGAAGAAGAAAAGAACCAUGUCUUAGAAAUAGCCAGGCAGAGGGCAGUAGCUCAGGCCUGGACUAAGGAACAAAGACGGCUGCAAGAAGGUGAAGAAGGCAUUAGGGCAUGGACAGAGGGAGAAAAACAGCAGCUUUUAAGCACUGGGAGGGUACAAGGCUACGAUGGAUAUUUUGUUUUAUCUGUGGAGCAGUAUCUAGAACUUUCUGACAGUGCCAACAAUAUUCACUUUAUGAGACAGAGUGAAAUAGGCAGGAGGUAA